AUGGCGGUCAAUCGCAUCGCUUUUGCAUUUUCGAAUGCAAUUCUUGGGCGUGCUGUAGUCACUUCUCCUGUUGCGGGCAGCGUCUUUCUUCAACAGAACCGUAAUUAUGCCUCUGAGCCAAUAUCACUAACCAACCUAAAACGCGGAACAGGUGGUCGUUCCUCAUUCAAUGGUUUGGUUGUUACUGUUUUCGGUGCCUCGAGCUAUUUGGGCAAACAUAUUGUCCAACACUUAGGUCGAAUUGGGGCACAGGUCAUUGUGCCUUAUCGCAGUGAUCCCUACUUCAUCCGUGAUCUAAAAGUCAUGGGUGACUUGGGUCAAAUCCUAUUUUGUCCAUUCCAUUUGGAAGAUGAGGAGGCAAUCAAGAAGGCCAUGCGCUUUAGCAAUGUUACUAUUAAUUGCAUUGGUAAAAUGAACGCCACGCAUAAUUUCACCCAGGAACAAGUAAAUAUAGAUGGUGCAGCACGCAUUGCCCGACUUUCUAAGGAGAUGGGUGUUGAACGCCUUGUUCAUAUCUCAGCGCUUUCUCAGAAUCCUAAUCCUGAAAGGUUCGUGCGGAAACCCUCUGAGUUUCGCCGUACCAAGGCUCUUGGUGAGAAAGAAGUGCUCCGGGAACGUCCUGAUGCCAUAAUAUUCCGUCCUGCUGACAUUUGGGGCAACUCAGAUCGUUUUCUUUGCUACUACGCUUCCAGAGUGACGCUUGUCAUGCUCCCAGCGAACCUGUCAAUCCCUUUUGAUACCUUCUCUGUAGAGCGUAGAAUCUCCCGUGGCUCUACGAUCCAAAUUUGUUUGUGGGAGCGUGGGGAGAAGACAGUGAAGCAGCCCGUCUACGUUGGUGAUCUGGCCCGCGGUAUUGUGAACAGCCUCACUGCGGCCGAUGCUCCAGGUAAAGUCUACGAAGCCGUCGGACCUCAUCGCUACCGUCUCGACGAUUUGGUCAAGUGGGUCAUCUUCAAUUGCCGCUAUUUGCCUCGUGAAUUGGAACUCCGCAAAUUUACCCCCUGGUUCUUGGCCAAAGUUCAUUUGAAUGAGUACUUCGCUCGAGUAAAUCCGGCCCUCUGUUUUGAAAGAUUUGAGCACGAUUCCACCACCGACAAACUCUCGGGAGCUCCAACUCUCCUCGACUUGAAUGUGAAGUUGACCAAGAUCGAGGAUCGUAUUGCUCAAAUUCUCUUCAUCUACCGACGAUUGAACAAUUACUGGGAGGCUGUGGGUGAAUUCCCUGAACCACCAAAUCCUCCAAUCUCCCUUGUUUAA